AUGUCUGGCGGCCACGAAAAACAUGAUAUUGAUCUUGAGCACCGAGAACAAACGAACAGACACUCCGAAGCGGCAAUAGAUGCCGCGCUUCAUCAUGACGAGGUCGCUCCAGAAGCGAUUGGCGGAAUAUAUGGAGAGAUGCCAAAGGGUUACUUUAAGAGCAAAGAUUUCAUCGGCACCUUGAUUGUCAGUUAUGUGUCCCCCAGUAUGGGAUUAUUCUUACACCAUAUAGGCAACUUGUCUUGCACAGAUAAGUGGAUAUCUUGGCUGGGUUUUACCUGCAAAUACCAUAUCUUUGAUCGAUGCAGCACUUUCAAAUGGUGGUUCAAAACUAAAUAUUAGUUGGCUGGCUUUGUCGUGGACGAUGGGCUUCACAAUUGGUCUUUCGCUUGUUGGGCGUCUUUCUGACAGUAAUGGUUUCCGUAAACUCUUGGUAAUGUUUACCACUAACUGCGAAUGAAGUAUUCGGACGUCGUUGGUUCUUCAUUGGAUGUUCCAUUAUGGCCCUGUUGGGAAAUAUCAUCGGUGCAUCAGCACAAUCAGUAAAUCAGCUUAUUGCUACCAACUGUCUCAAUGGUCUUGCUGCGGCUGGCCAGCUUUCCUUCUCGGUGAUCAUCGGGGAGUUGGUAUCGAACAAACAGCGCGGGCCAUUCAACGCUCUAGUGUUAUCUACAUCCGUUCCUUUCGCCGUCUUUGGACCUCCAGUUGCUAGAGAGUUUUUUGAGAACACUGGCCUUCAACGGAGAUGGUCAUACAUCCUAGGAUGCAUCAUAAAUGCCAUUGCAGCUGGAAUGUUUUUUAUUUGCUACCACCCACCCACCUACUUGCAACUUCAUGUUGGUGGGAAGUCAAAGAUGAGCCAGCUGAAGGGCCUUGAUUGGGUUGGGAUCUUUCUAUUCACGACAGGAUUAGUUCUCUUCUUGAUUGGGCUCAACUGUAAGCGAAUAUUGUGACCUCAGAACAGGAUUACAAACUGAUAAAUGAAUAGGGGGCGGACAAUCAUAUUCAUGGGCUUCAGUACACGUUUUGGUUACGCUAAUCCUCGGCAUCUUUACUCUCAUCGGAUUCGGGUUAUGGGAGGCAUACAGCGGUCACGAAUCUCCACUUAUGCCGAUGAGAUUGUUCAAAAACAUCAAGUACGAUGCAAUCACAGUAUGUGCCUCAAUUGGCGCGAUGGUCUAUUACUCAACGACAGUGGUCUGGCCUACACUUUGCGGUGCACUUUUUACAACAGAUGUUCAAGAAAUAGGUUGGCUCUCCUGUGCUGUGGGAGGUGGUCUUCUCUUAGGCCAAAUAUCCGCAGGACUUGGCAUUAGAUACUUGCCUCGAAUGAAAAUCCAAAUGACUGUCGCAUCUGUCAUUAUGGUUACCUUUGUCGCUGCUUUGUCGGCCGUUGACGAGUACUCACGCACCCGAUCAGUUGUUUUUCUUCUCCUUGCGACAUUUUCAGCUGGAUACAUCGAAAACCUGACUCUUUCUUUCAUGGCUCUUGUUUGGGAGCCUGAAGAUAUUGGUCUUGUUGCCGGCGCGAUGGGAAGCAUCAGAACGGGUUCAUCAUCAAUUGCUACAUCACUUUACCUUACAUUACUCAGCAAUGGUCUCACCAAGUACCUUCCGGGAUAUGUUCCACCAGCAGCAACCGGUGCAGGGCUCCCACUUGAUUCUCUUCCUAGCCUUUUCUCAAGCAUCACCUCUGGUUCUUUUGAUAAAGUAGAGGGGAUGACACCGGAAAUCGCAGAUGCCGUCGGCCAUGCUGUUAAGCAUGCAUAUUCCAUGUCUUUCAGAACCGUGUUCUUAUGUACGCUACCAUUUGGAGCAAUUCUAUUGGUGGCAGCUGUCAUCACUCCCAAUGUUGAGGAUACAUAA